CGCCAGUCGUGGACACGCGGGCCGGCCGCUCGCUCGUAGCACCGCUGCUUCGUAGCACGACGGCUAUAGGAUUACGACUGUAAAUAUAUUUAACGCAUUCAACUCACGGGCUUCAGUAUUUCUUGUGCAUUUUUGGAUGAGUAGAAUUGUGUGACAGCACUUAGCAUUUGAUACUAACUGGAAUUAGUAAUCAAAUAGCACCCGUGCAUGUAUGUAGCAACCAGACAGUCUAGAACGAAUUGGUCAUAAUGACGAAUGACGCAUCGCAAAGUGGGGCCAGCGAGCCUCGUGAGGGGACAGCCCGAGGAUCGUGGGGUGCCCGGAGGGGGGAAGACGUCAAGAUCGAGUUUGGGUUUGGAGUGCCACUAGGAGCUAUGGGCGCGCAUCCUGCCUUCCACUCCGCUUGGGACCUGGGAUGCCCAUCGUCAGGGUUCCACCAAAUGGCCCGAAUGAUGGACCGCAUGAUGUCAGAGAGCCUGCAACCAUUUGGCUUCGCGCGGAUGUCAACCAGGCGUGGUGGAGAUGGCAGAGACAAGAACGAGCCUCCUAGAGAUGGCCUGAGGACAGAACGGAGCGAGGUGCGAAGAGAGAGGGCGAAGCAGAACGUUCCGGAUACACACAUGGCGAAUGGCACGAGGCAUCCUCCUACACAAGUGGUAAAGCCAACACAAGCAUACACUUUCCAAAUACAACCAAUGGACACUUCAAAGCAAAAUGAUCCGACGACAGAGAAGUGGGCCGGCACAUUGCGACGUCGAGACCCCAACAUCCAGCCCACUCUCCCCUCCAUCGUCUCCAGGAAGACAUCCUCCACUUCAUCUUCAGUAGGAAGCGGUAGGAAAUGUCGAUCGGUGGACCGCAUGCCCAGAGGUAGGGCGAGGCACCUUAUACCGAUAAAACCCACUGUUAGAAAAACCGAUAUACCUACAGAAGGAGACGUGGCGGUGUUGGAAAGAGACGAGAAAGUUUUUGAUGCGACGGGGUACGAGCUGCAUUUAGUAGAGACCCUAGAAAGGGACAUAUUGCAGAAGAAUCCUGACGUUCGUUGGAAGGAUGUGAUUGGUUUAGACGACGCUAAGUCGGUGCUGCAAGAAGCUAUGGUCUUGCCACUCGUGAUGCCGGACUAUUUUAAGGGCAUCCGAAGACCGUGGAAAGGCGUGCUACUCACGGGUCCUCCAGGAACAGGGAAGACUUUGUUGGCCAGAGCGGUCGCUACUGAGUGCAAGACCACGUUCUUCAACGUUUCAUCAGCUACCCUCACUUCGAAGUACAGGGGGGACUCGGAAAAACUCGUCCGGCUUUUGUUUGAUAUGGCAGCCUUCUAUGCCCCAAGCACGAUAUUCCUGGACGAGGUGGACUCCCUGUGCGCGGUGCGAGGCGCUGACUCGGAGCACGAGGCCUCGCGCAGGUUCAAGGCAGAGCUGCUGAUACAGAUGGAUGGACUCGCGGCAGCUUUUAAUCGGGACAAAAUAAUAAUGGUGCUUGCGGCUACAAACCACCCUUGGGACAUCGACGAAGCUUUCAGAAGGCGAUUUGAGAAGAGGAUAUACAUUGGUCUCCCUGAUGAAAUGACGAGGGUUAAGCUAUUGCACUUGUGUCUUCGAGAAGUAGUGUUGGCAGACGAUGUUAACUUCGCUGACCUUACUACGAAGCUCGAUGGGUACAGCGGUUCAGAUAUUUGCAAUCUGUGCAGGGACGCAGCAAUGAUGACGAUGCGUCGCAAAAUCGCCGGCAAGAGUCCCGACCAGAUCCGUCAGCUGAAGCGUUCCGAACUUGAAGCGCCUGUCUCUAUGAACGACUUGGAGGCCGCUAUGGAGAAGACCCAACGCACCGUCACCCAGGCUGACGUAGCCCGCUACACGAGCUGGAUGCAGCGGCACGGGUGCUCCUAGCGGCGAGCUAAAGCGCUGCGAGCGCUGUUACGAAAGCUACGUAACGCUUGAGGAGCAUUUACCACAUUGUGCGAACAAAAAGGUCACGUUACCUGUGUUGGAUGUUUAGAUGGGCAUAGUUGAUGCGCUGUUGGCGUGAGUCCUGAUAAAAUUCAAGGUUUUUUUUUAUGGGAAAGUCUUGAUACUUGACUACCUAAAACGAUCGCGCUCGUAUCAAAAUAUCAAGAAUACUGUCUAAGUUUUUUAUGUGUCUGGGUAAAAUUUAGGUCGAGGUUAUCUUAGUUAGAUAGAUAUCUCUAUCCUAUCUAUAGCGUAAAUUAACAACACUGUGUUAGCGAAAAGGUCAUCGUGUCAGCCUACAUCACUAUAGUUAGGCUUAGGUCUUCUCUAAUGUUGAAUUCUGGCAUGAUUUUUUCUUCAACUGGUUUGGUAGAAUAAUUUCUUGUUGAUAGCAAAACGGCUUUGCCAAAUAUUUUGAAUAAGAUGUAAAGUUUGUUUGUUGAGUUAGAAAAUUAGCUCUAUUUACCUUUUCACAAUGCAAGCCAUCAUGGUCUCGUCUUGGCAACAUUUUACAUGAAAAUGUGUUCGGUGGGAUUACAUUUAUUAAAUCAUUGGGGUGGCAGUUGCUUUGAACAGUCAAGACGAAGGUUUAGGUCUUCUCUCAAGACAAAGGACAAAUUCUUAAGCCACGCGUGUUGGUUGAUCAUUGACGAUCAUCAUAUUGAUAUUAAUAGGGUCCCACGUCACAGCGUUGUUACCUAGCACAUCUAAUAUUCCAACAAGCCUUUUUGUAGAAAGUAGAUGCUCCAAAAGACUCAGAAAGAUUUUAGUGAACACUUUGGUGAUUUGAAUACUAGUGAUUUUAGACUGAAGUUAAGAUUCUUGUGUUAAAAGUGGAUUGAAUAAAGUUGAAAUUGUUAUACGACUGUGAAUUACUCUAGUAGCUUAGAAGGCUUAGAACAUAGAUUAAAACUAUUGAGGUUAACGUUAUAGUGAUUUUAUACUGAAUUUUAUAUCGAAGCACGUAUCUAUGCUGAUGGAUUUAUUGUAGUUAUUCAUUAGCAACUGUUUGCUAGGAACAGUAAAUGUAAAGUAUAGCACUCGCAAUGGCAAGUAUUGUAGUAAGUAACGAACAUGUUUAAACAUUAUAUUUUUGCUUGGAUUUCAUGUAGUUUAAUACUUUAAGCAAUUUAUAUUUUAAUUAAUUUAGCAACAGUUUCAUCUUUCAAAUAUUUAUAAAUUAUCACUUUAUGCUUUGCCUGUUAUAAAAUAUAGACAAAUAUGUCACCAUAUUGUACUAUGAUAUUUCAUUUAAUGUAGGGUGACGGAACCAAUCAUGGACAUGUUAAGCGCACUAAAUUCGAAUUUCGUUUAAAAAGGGGAUGUUUUUUGACGAUACAAAAGUGGUGAUUUUUUUUUCGGCACU